AUGACAGAAGCUAGAGGUCAAUUACUUGGUGUACUGGACAAUGCUGCUUCACAGCAGCCUGACAAAGUCAAAUCGGCACAACAACAGUUAAAGCAAUGGGAGACAUCGCCAGAUUUCUAUGCUACUCUACAGGACAUAUUUUACGAUAAAUCACUACCUAUCAACCUUCGUUUUGUUGCUGGCCUGUACCUCAAGAAUGGUAUUGACGCUUAUUGGCGGAAGACGGCCAAAAACGCUAUACGUCCGGAAGAACGUGCGCAAAUUAGAAGUAGGCUACUCACCUCAUUGAACGAGGAAAACAAGCAGCUUGCUGUUGCAAAUGCUGUUCUUAUUUCUAAAAUUGCUAGAUUUGAUUAUCCUCAAGACUGGCCGGACCUACUCCAUAAUCUCCUCCAUGUCAUUCAGACUACCGCAUCAGCACCAGAUGCUUCAUCGGAACUACUGAGAGCUCGCUCUUUGCAUGUUCUUAAUCUUGUUAUUAAAGCGUUGUGCUCCAAAACGCUGGCGCCAGCUAGACGACAAUUCCAACAAAUCGCUCCCGACCUGUUUCGCAGCAUUGCCAGCAUUUACGUCUCAAUCGCAGAUUUGACAAUAUCGAAGGUGGCAGCUCAGCCAUCUAUUGUAAAUAUUGAUGAUGAGCAUACUAGAAUUCUAUCUGAUCUGGACGUCACUGCUACUUGCCUGAAAUGCUUGCGACGUUUACUCAUUCACGGCUUUACCGACCUCCACCAGAGCCAAGAGGCGAGGGAGUUCGUAUCCAUUACUUACAAACACAUACAGCAAUACUUUGAGAUGCGCACGGUUCUUAUGACUUUGAAUUUUGAUGAACAUUCUCCUAUUCGAAAAUUGGUCGAGUCCCAUAUCACAAAACUUGGAAAGUUAUUCAACGAAUUGCAAAAGACCCACCCAGUUUCCUUCAUAUUGCUGCCCUCUGCUAUUGAAAUCAUUCAAUUUUACUGGCAGCAUAUUGUUCUUGAAGGUGAAAGAGCUAUCUCAUUCUAUGGAGCAGGACGUGCUGUAGACCCUCCUCUUUUUGAGCGAUUUUUAGUUCAGGGCCUUUUACUUCUUAAACGUGUCGUUAAGGGAGCUUCCUACAGUGUAGAUGCUGCCAAUAGCGAAGAAGAGAAUGCAAACGCCAUGCAAGCGAAGUCUCUCAUUGAUAGCCGCCUGCUUACACCUGCAUUUGUUAAUUCGUGCGCCGAGGUUUUGGUGACCAAAUACAUGCAGCUUAGACCAGAGGAUUUAGAUCUGUGGGAAAGCGAUCCGGAAGGAUGGGUGAAUGGCGAAGAGGCUGAUCACUGGGAAUUCGAGUUGAAGCCAUGCGCAGAAAAGGUUUUCAUGGAUCUGCUGACAUCUUAUAGAGUACAAUUGUCACCUAUUCUUAUCAACCUUGUGGACACUGUCGCUGUCGUAAACGACCAUAAUAGUUUGCUGUUCAAGGACGCCAUUUACUGUUCAGUUGGUCUUGGAGCUAACGAAUUGUUUGAUUCUUUCGAUUUCAAUAACUUUUUGGUUAACCGGCUUGUACCAGAGGUAUCAAACAAGGAACCAAGCUUUAGAAUCCUGCGCCGUCGCAUAGCUUGGAUCAUAGGACACUGGAUUGGAGUCAAGAUUGACAAACAAUAUAGAACUUAUGUAUAUCAGAUCAUGCUACAACUACUGGCUCCGGAGGAAGACAUGGUUGUGCGACUUGUGGCUGCCAACAAUCUGCGAAAUUGCGUAGACGAUUGGGACUUUGAGACAGAUGAUUUUAUCCCUUACAUUGAGCCAUCUAUUCAGCUAUUGACCGCAUUGUUGAAAGAUGUUGAAGAAUUUGAUAGCCGCAUGCGCAUCCUUAGCUGUCUCAAUAUCGUCAUUGACCGAGUCGAAUCUAGAAUCACACCAUAUGCCCAGCAAAUUGUAGAACUAUUGCCUCCUUUAUGGGCCGCAUCAGAAGAAGAUCAUCUGUUCAAAUCAACUAUCCUUGUUACUCUUACAAAGCUAAUGGGAUCCUUGAAAGAGCAAUCUAGCCAUCUCUAUGACUAUGUUUUGCCAUUAAUUGAGCACAGUGUUGAUCGCACCCAGGAAGCGCACAUCUACCUACUGGAAGACGGUUUAGAUUUGUGGUGGGUUACGGUCCAGAGUGCAACGGAAUGCACUCCUCGACUGCUACAAAUGUUCCCAAUUGCUAUUGAAUAUCUUGAAUACGGAACGGAAACCUUGCGCAAGGUUCUGAAGAUCAUAGAGAGUUACUCCAUUCUUGCACCAGAUUUGGUUCUUUCACAAUAUGCCUUACCGUUAUUCACUAGUCUCAACAGCUUGAUUGGCGACCUUAAACCCGAAGCAACUAACACUAUCAUUCAUCUACUGGACACUAUUCUCUUGGCAUCUCCAAUUCAUUUGUACGCUGAAGCUUUGAUCAACUCAAACUUGCUUUGGCGCAUGCUCAACAUCAUUAUGGAGAACAAGGAAUACGCGUUUAUUCUCACCCAAUAUCUAUCAAUAUUUGCACGCGUUGCCAUUUUCGAUCUCUCUAUCUUCCUUAAAUUCAUUGAAAUCGCUGGCCAACAAUUCAACCCACCUCAACCAGGACUACUUGGAGCAUUUGUAGACAACUGGAUGGACAAGUUUGAUAACAUCAGUCACCCUCGACAACGUAAACUUGCUUGCAUGGCCAUCACAAAUUUGAUCGCCACAACCAAUCCAGUUGUUUUGGAAAGACUUCAUGGCAUUAUGGUCAUCUGGUCCGAUGUUCUCAGUGAGGUCAAAGAAUCCGGAGGUGGCGAUGCAUUGGUGUACUGGGAAGACAACAACAAUGACAUUGACACAGCCGAAAUUGAAGGCACUCCAGAAACCAGGCGUAGAAAAGAACUACUUCAACGUGACCCCAUUCAUACUACAAACUUACUUACCUUUAUUCAGACUAAGCUCAAAGAAAGUGAAUACAUGAACGGUGGGACUGAGGUGUUCAACAAGACUUAUUUGAGCAAAGUUGACGCUGCGCUGCUGGAUCAAAUGAGCACACUGUUAAUGCACUGA